ACACUUUCCAUAUAUGGCACAGAGUUGAGGGUGUUAUGUCGCUAUUUCUCGCCGCGUGCCUUGUGUCUUGUCAGUUUUGCUUCUCCUUAUUGUGUUGCGGUCGCUGUUUCCCUCACAGCAUUUCAAAACCGAGCAAAUACACGCAAUUUUGGGUCGAAUCGACGUGAAAGUAUUACCACAAACAAAGGUCUUUCUUACUGAACGGACAGAUUGGGAAAUCUUCGAAGCGUGUGUAUCCGAGCGAAUGUAUUGUUAUAAAUAUCAAGAUUCUUUGGAUUAUUGUUGAUGGAUUCAUUCUAAAGAUUUUGGCGUUUUGCUAUUAUAAUAGAUCAUCACAUCUACGAACCCAAAGGAAUAUCUAAAGUUUUUACGAAGCUUCAAUCGCUAUGUAUACAACGAAUCGUCACACGACGCCGCAUACGCCGUCAGGUCAACCGUUCAAGUUUACAGUCACAGAAUCCUGUGAUCGCAUAAAGGAGGAAUUCAAUUUUCUUCAAGCACAAUACCACAGCUUGAAGCUGGAGUGUGAAAAACUUGCAAAUGAAAAGACUGAAAUGCAGCGUCAUUAUGUUAUGUAUUACGAAAUGUCCUACGGGCUUAACGUCGAAAUGCAUAAACAAACUGAAAUAGCGAAGCGUCUGAACGCAAUAUGUGCUCAAAUCAUUCCAUUUUUAUCAACAGAGCAUCAACAACAAGUGGCAGCCGCCGUUGAACGAGCAAAACAAGUCACGAUGACUGAGUUAAAUGCUAUAAUAGGACAACAACAAUUACAUCAGCAAGGUUUGCCUCACAUUCAUGCACCACCUAUUUCCCUUCCCCACCCUGGUGGGCAUCUACCACAUCUCCCCCCAGCCGGCAGUGUCAUAGAACUGAUGCCAUCACAUAUGUCCCUGAUGCCUGGGAUUAAAGACGAAAAAGAUCACUCGCAUUCCAUCUCACCUCUUGGCUCAUCUUCACGUGCAGAAAAGUUCCGGCCCUCCGACCAUUCUUCUCACGAAAGUGACGAUGGGAAAGGACCAACCUCAAAUGCCAAACGACCACAUGAUCGCAAAGAUUCAGAUAGGGAAAGUGAUGGUGAUAAAAGUGACGCUGAGUUAGUCGUAGAUGAGGAUGCAUCUUCACCGCCUGGUAUUCAGAAUGGCGAUCGUGAUUCUCCCAUUCACGAGAAGAAACCCAAAAAAGACGGCGGUAGUCCACACAGUGUCUCUUCGAACUCUUCCACGCCUUCAUCAAAACACAAGUUACCAGAAAAGAAGCCAACCUCUCAGUCAGGAUCGUCGGGAUCUUCGUCAAGUCCUGGUCGUGUUGUGGCAUCUUCGUCCGUAAGAAAUUCGUCCGGUCCAUACCCUAUGAUGGGUCAUUCAGGCAGCAAUGAUAUUAGUGGAAACUCGUAUCCUCCAAUUUUGUCGUCUUCCAUGUCCCCUGGAGGAAUAUACCGACCUGGCAUGAUGGGUUCCUCGAUGGACAGUUCAAGUCGUAUGGCACAUUCUCCCGGCAUGCCUAGCAUAGCGAAUGGGAAGCCAACGUAUUCGUACAUCGUCAGCGAUGGUCAGACACAGCCAGUACCAUUCCCCCCAGACGCUUUGAUGGGCCAACACAUACCACGUCAUGCACGUCAAGUAAACACAUUGAAUCAUGGGGAGGUUGUUUGUGCUGUCACCAUUAGUCAUCCUACAAGACAUGUUUACACUGGAGGAAAGGGUUGUGUCAAGGUUUGGGAUAUCGAACAAGUAUCGGGGAAGACUCCUAUAUCAACUUUGGAAUGCCUGCGAGAUAACUACAUCAGAUCUUGCAAAUUACUACCAGACGGAAGGACUUUGAUAGUUGGAGGUGAAGCUAGUACAUUAACAAUAUGGGAUCUCGCAUCGUCGACACCUCGAAUUAAAAAUGAACUUACAUCUAAUGCGCCCGCAUGUUAUGCGUUGGCCAUUAGCCCAGACUCUAAAGUGUGUUUCAGCUGUUGUAGUGAUGGGAAUAUCGCUGUCUGGGACUUAAAUAAUCAGACUUUAGUUCGACAGUUUCAAGGACAUACCGAUGGUGCUAGUUGUAUUGAUAUUUCUCCUGAUGGUACAAAACUAUGGACAGGUGGUUUAGAUAACACUGUACGAUCUUGGGAUCUCAGGGAAGGCAGGCAGUUACAACAACAUGACUUCAGUUCACAAAUAUUUUCUCUUGGUUACUGUCCUUCUGGCGACUGGUUAGCUGUUGGUAUGGAGAACAGUUAUGUGGAAGUCUUACAUCAAACCAAGCCAAGUAAAUAUCAACUUCACCUCCACGAAAGUUGUGUUCUCGCCCUGAAAUUUGCCUCGUCAGGAAAAUGGUUUAUUAGCACGGGCAAGGACAAUUUACUGAACGCUUGGAGAACUCCUUAUGGUGCAAGCAUUUUCCAGAGCAAAGAAUCAUCGUCAGUGCUGAGUUGUGACAUUUCAACAGACGAUAAAUACAUCGUCACUGGCUCAGGGGACAAAAAGGCUUCGUUGUAUGAGGUCAUAUAUUAGGGCAAUUAAUGAUUAACUGGCUACCACUAGCACAUUAUGUCCUAUCAAGUUACUCACCACGAAGAUGCCACGAUUUUUCGCCGAUGGUACGAUGGUGUUACGAUGAACCCCGAUGCAAGUAAAGAGAUCCUUCUUUGCACAGAUGCUGUUUAUAAAGAGCGAACAACCGUUUUAAAACGUUUCCAAACAAGUUUAUCCAUGUGUUCUUGUACAUUUUGACCGUCUACGGUAGACUUGCAGUUAUUUUCAUUGAAAACGAAUGACGUUUUCGCAGUUAAAAUUUUAAAUUUAUAUUUAUAUGUAAAGGGAGAUUAGGUAAUCCGAGAUAUUUAUAUUGUUAGCUCAUUCAUCGUUCUUGCAAAUACAAAAAUCUAUUGACUUGCAU